UCAUAUUACAUGUUGCUUGACUAGCUGGAAAUUUUAUAAGCAGGAGAGGUGAGGAUUCUUCUGCUACCACCCGCUUGAAUCGCAGCCACAACAUGCCUUCUGUAAAUCUCCUCGCUUGCAUUUUAAUCUAUAUAAUCCUGCCGUUUUUAAUCUUAGUCCAAGCUGCUACCAGAAUCUACUAUAUUGGAGCAGUGGAAGAAUAUUGGGAUUAUGCACCCACUGGGAAGAAUCAGAUCACGGGACAAAAGCUCACAGAAGAUAAGAAUGCAAAUAUUUCCAUGGUAAGAGGACCUAACAGGAUUGGAAAAGUCUAUAAGAAGGCAAUUUUCAGACAGUUCACAGAUGAUUCCUACUCUCAGGAGAUUGCCAAACCAUCUUGGCUGGGUCUUCUUGGUCCGGUGCUGAAGGCUGAAGAAAACGACACCUUUAUUAUUCAUUUUAAAAACUUUGCUUCCCGGCCAUAUUCUGUACAUCCGCAUGGAGUCUUCUACAAGAAGAACACAGAAGGGGCUCUUUAUCCGGAUGGAACAAGUGGAAAAAGCAAAGAAGAUGACUUUGUUCUCCCUGGGACCAAUUACACAUACACGUGGCCCGUUACAAAUGAUUUUGCACCUACUCCAGCUGAUCCACCAUGCCUGACCUGGAUUUACCAUUCACACAUUAACACCCCAAAAGAUAUCAGCAGUGGAUUAAUUGGACCGUUGCUGGUUUGUAAGAAAGGUUUUUUAGACAACACUUCAGCUUCACUGGCAGACAACUUCAAAGGCUUUGCCCUGAUGUUCACCAACAUAGAUGAAAAUUUCAGCUGGUACCUGGAUGAGAAUAUAAACACUUUUUGCUUAGAUCCUAGUACAGUCGAUAAACAGGAUGAAGAUUUUCUGGUCAGCAAUAUGAUGCUAUCAAUUAAUGGAUAUAUGUAUGGAAACAUCCCUGGCUUAGAAAUGUGUGCUGGCGAUUUGGUGUCCUGGUACUUGAUUGGAAUGGGGAGCGAUUACGACGUUCACUCAGUGCACUUCUUGGAUCAUACCCUGAUUAACAGAGGAUAUAGGACAGAUGUCAUUAGCCUUUUUCCGGCCACCUUCAUCACAGCAGAAAUGGUUGCACAAAAUGUUGGGAAAUGGCUUGUGAACUGUGAAGUCGCUCUUCACAUGGCAGAUGGUAUGUCAGGAUUAUAUAACAUCAAAUCUUGUGGUCAAAGCAUCACUCCAUCCUGGAGUGGUCAAAAAAGAAAAUAUUUUAUUGCCGCUGAAAGAAUUCUAUGGGAUUACGGACCUGGUGGUAUUAAUACAUUCACUGGACAACCUUUAAAUGCCACUGACAGUGACUCAGCUCCUUACUUCAGACAAGGAGAUGAUCGAAUUGGAGGGCGUUACUGGAAAGUCCAAUAUGUGGCCUACACCGAUGGUAGCUUUAGCAGAAGAAAGACGCGACCCGCAUCUGAGGCCCAUCUUGGCAUACUUGGCCCGGUUAUCAAAGCUGAAGUUGGUGAUACCAUCUUGGUUACUUUUCUCAAUAGAGGAGACAAGGAGCAUAGCAUGAUGCCCCAUGGUGUAGCUUUCGAUAAGUCAUCGGAAGGAUUCCCUUAUGCUGAUGGAUUUUCAAAGCCAGGAGCUUUUGUUAAACCUAAUGAGACCUUUAAGUAUGAGUGGAGAGUUCCUGAAAGCGUUGGACCUACACCCAGUGAUCCAGCAUGCCUCACAUACCUGUAUUAUUCAGCAGUCGAUCCAUCGAUGGAUACUCACUCUGGUCUGAUGGGACCGCUUAUCAUUUGUAAGAAGGAUACUCUGAAAUCCAAUGGAAGCCAGAAAGGAGUAGACCAAGAAUUCUAUCUGCUCUUCAUUAUCUUUAAUGAGAAUCGGAGUUUUUACUUUGACCUAAACAUCGAGGCUUUCACUGGCGAUCCCUGGACGGUUGAUAAGAAUGAUAUGGAUUUUCAGGAAUCCAACAGAAUGCAUGCGGUCAAUGGCUAUCUGUUUGGUACCUUACCUGGACUCGACAUGUGCAAGGGUGACCUUGUUUCUUGGCAUAUGAUUGGACUAGGCGGCAGUACAGAUGUUCACGGCGUUCAUUUCCAAGGAAACACCAUCCAUUUGGGAGGCACAAUAAGGGACAGUCUCCCUUUGAUCUCCCAUGUUGCCACCACAGCACUGAUGCAGCCAGAUCAAACAGGGACUUUCCAAGUGGCUUGUACGACAUUUAAUCACUUCACUGGUGGGAUGAAGCAAUGGUAUAAUGUUAAAUCCUGUGGCAAAAGCUCAUCUGAUGGCAGACACUAUGGAACAGUGAGGACCUAUUAUGUGGCUGCAGAAGAGAUAGAAUGGGAUUAUGCCCCUAAUAAAACCUGGGCAGAGAAGAAGAUGGAAGGAACGAGCAAAAAAGAAAGUUAUGGACAUAUAUUUGUGAGCCAAGCUGAAGAUAUGAUAGGUUCGAAGUACAAGAAGGUGGUUUAUAGAGAAUAUAUUGACGGAAAAUUUAUGGAACCCAAAAAAAGGACCUUAAAAGAGGAACACCUGCAAAUUCUAGGUCCUGUCAUUCAUGCAGAAGUUGGUGACUUGGUAGUAAUUAUAUUUAAGAACAAAGCCAGUAGGCCCUACUCAAUAUCAGCUCAUGGAGUACAAGAAGAUGCUGGAAAGAAAGCGCACAUUACCAUUCCAGGAGAAACAAGCAUCUAUCACUGGAGAAUUCCAGAACGAUCAGGUCCUGGCAUUUCUGAUUCAAAUUGUAUUUCUUGGGCUUAUUAUUCAACAGUGCAUUUUGUAAAGGAUUUGUACAGUGGUUUGAUUGGACCCCUUAUAAUUUGCAGGAAGGGGAUUUUAAAUGAAAACGGCUCAAGGAGCGAUGUUGAUCGUGAAUUUACUCUUCUAUUUUUGAUUUUUGAUGAAAACGAAUCUUGGUAUUUAAGUGACAACAUCGUCAAAUAUCUGCACAAAAACCCUGAAGAAUUUAACCCCACCAGUAAUUUUACGGAAGGGAACAAAAAGUAUGCAAUCAAUGGCAAAAUCUUUAAUAAUCUCCAUGGGCUGAUCAUGAAUGAAGGAGAGAGCACAAAUUGGUAUCUGAUAGGAAUGGGAAAUGAACUUGACAUCCAUACUGUCCAUUUUCAUGGUGAAACCUUUAUUUUCAAGGUCAACCAUAAUUACAGAGGAGAUGUGUACAACCUCAUCCCUGCAACUUUUCAGACAGUUGAAUUGGUAGCGUUUAAUCCAGGGACCUGGCUUUUACAUUGCCAUCUGCACAGUCAUAUUCAUGGAGGGAUGGAAACCACCUACACCAUAAGAGAAGCAAGUAAAAAAAUAGGUAUAUAUAUCAAUAAAAUAAUGUAUAUUAAAGUAAUAUAAAAAAUAAUAAAAUGA